GUAUCCUAAACAACAUCAACAUUCAAAAGUCAAAACAAAAUCAUCAAACCCAAACGAAAUUACAAUUUAAUUAGUUUAGAUUCCGGUGAAGUGAAGCCAAGAUCACUUAGUUUUGAACUAUUCAUUUUGAGUAUGGCUCAUCAAUUUGAACAUCUGGUGGCAAAAUACCGAGCUGUGAGCCAAUUUCCUGGGUUAAGCAGCGCAAGGAUUUUGUGUAAGGAGGGUUCUAAUGUGGUUGUUAGUUCUGCUUGGAGCCAAAAAUGUUUAGAAAAGGGAAAGAACUCCAAGUUUAUGCAGACUCAUUUUGUUACGGAUAAAAACAUCAUUCAUACAACUCCUGUAGACAUUUCAAACGAGUUGUUGUCAGCGUGGUCGCCCUCAGGUGUCGGCCGUGCAGUGUUGAGAGAACAUGACAAUGGCGGGGCAGGUGCGGGGGGCAAGAAACAACACCUGGAGAUCUGGCGUGACAACCGACUGGCCCAGCUGAUUGACCUCAGUAUGCUGGAUCAACACGGGGAUGUAUAUACGAGUGGGGAGUUCAGCUGUCUGGAGUGGUCUCCUUGUGAAAAGAAGCUGCUCUACGUCGCCGAGAAGAAGCAACCCAAAGCUGAACCUUUUUACCCGAGCAAACCUAAGGAUAAAGAUUCAACUAUUCCUGACGAGAAACUACCCAAAAUGGGGGAAGAACAUGUUUUCCGUCAGGACUGGGGAGAAACAAUGGUCGGCAAACAUCAGCCUGUAUUGUGUGUCUGUGAUUUGACACUUGGAACUGUCUCCGUGACGUCAGGCAUCCCAGACAAUGUGUCUGUUGGACAGGCUCUCUGGGUGCCUGAUGGCAUAGUGGCUGUGGCCUGGCCUCAUACACCGCGCAGGCUAGGCAUAGUGUACUGCACCAGCCGACCUAGCUAUGUCUUUCAUCUCACUCAAGAUGGCACAUUCAUAAAGUUGUCCAAGGACGAUGUAGCUGCUCAGUCUCCGAGACUGUCACCUGAUGGUGAAUAUCUUGUGUGGCUACAGCGGCCGGUCUACGGGCCUCACCACGCCUGUCAGGAGCUGGUGAAGGCAGUGUGGGGGGCCAUCCCUCACCCUCUAGUGCCCAUAGUUCAGACCAGCAUUCAGUGUGCCAGUGGACAUGUGUUCUACGGACUGUACUGCCAGUCGCUGCCGGCCAGGUGCUUCAUUGAUAACAACAAACUGAUGCUCAGCACAGGACAGCAUUCUAGCGUCGUCACCUACAGCGUCAACACAGACAGUGGAGCUGUGUGCCAAGUAACGGAGGAGAUUGGCAGCGUAGUGGUGAUGGACGUGUGUACCCAAGGCUCAUUGGCACUGUGCUACAAGACUGUGGUAGACACUCCACCGAGCCUGUAUCUGGCUCAUAUCAACAAGGAAACUCUGCGUCUACAACCUCUAGUCGUCAGACAACCCGUGUGUCCACCACCCGUGCCUCACCUGAAGUAUGUCCUAGAGCUGCAGGCAGAGGUCAAGGAUAAAUUCAACGAUUUCAACGCUAUUUACUACGGCCCUUAUGAAGGUGAAGAAAAGAGCGUUCCUUUGAUAGUCUGGCCUCAUGGAGGCCCACAUGCCAUGUUCUUUGAGUGCUACUCAGUCUUCAAUCAGUUUUUCGUCAGUGCUGGUUUCGCCACUCUCCAGGUGAACUUCAGAGGAUCCACAGGUGUGGGGCAGGCGGGUGUAGACUUUCUACCAGGUCGUGUUGGCGACACUGAUGUCAAGGACUGUCACCAAGCUACGUUGGCAGCCUUGAAGCAGUUCCCUAUCCUGGACCCUGGCAAAGUAGUGUUGUAUGGAGGAUCUCACGGAGGCUUCCUGGUCACUCACCUGGCAGGUCAAUACCCGGACUUUUACAAAGCCGUUGUUGCACGUAACCCUGUUGUCGAUGUCGUCUCAGUUCUCUCUCUGUCUGACAUUCCAGACUGGGCCGUCGUAGAGGCUGGCUUCACAUACACAGGCAAGGAGCAGGUAGAGAUGACUCCCGAGUUCCUCGCACAGCUGCGACGUGUUUCUCCUAUACAGUACGCUGACAAAGUUAAGGCUCCGACGUUGCUCAACAUCGGCAAGAAGGACCUUCGAGUGCCUCCGUCCCAAGGCACUAUGUACUACCACACGCUCAAAACAUUCAACGUGCCUUGCAAGAUGAACCUGUACGAUGACAAUCACUCGUUGUCUACAGUGCCUGUGGACAUAGACGCAACCAUCAACACAGUUCUGUGGUUCCAACAACACUUGGCUGAAAAGCAAUAAUAUGUGCCUCAGUAAACAUAAGCAGCUGUCGAUCCGAUCUUAUGUCUAGUCCGUAUGAACUUUAGCAAAACAAAACUUUAGCAAGGUGUUAUGAAAAUUGUACGAAUAGAAACACAACACUGUUCACGGUACAACAUGUUAUGCUACAUUGUUUAUAGUGUACAGUUUUUGUGUAUUUUUUUUGGCCAAAAUUGAAUUUUCCAUUUAGGUAAGGUUGUCAUCUCAAAAACAAUCCAUGAAUCGUGUGCUCUUGUGUUCUAUGGUAAAUUUUUAUCAUGAGAGUUUACGUUGCAUUGUCGUUGAAUAGGGUUUUUGAAUCCUAAACAAAAUGAUAUGCGUUGAUUUGUACAUAAGACAGUAACAUAUUAUUUACCUUGUAACUUUUUAAACCAUUUAAAAAUAUUAAUGAAUUCAAAUUUUUAAGGAUUCAGGUACUUGAACCAUCUGUCAUGGUUCUCUUGAUUUUUUUCGUACCAAAACUGAAAAAAAAUCCAAAGAUAAGAGAAUAUAAAUCAAAUUUGUAAUAAUUUACAAUUAGUGAUUACAAUGAAGAAAAAAAAUUCCUUUUAAUGGUCAGGCUAGACAGCAGAGUAGGUAGGCAGUUGCAUAUAAGUUAAAGUACUUCAAUGGUUCCAAAACAAGUGGCACACUUUAAAGUGUGGAUAUGACAGUUUGCAUUCUGUUGAAUAUGUGUCACAUGUUGAAAAGAAAAAAAUCAUAAGUUGUGUUAUGCAACAGCAAUAUGUCAUUUUUUAAUGGCAAAUUGUUUAAUUUUCACGUGCCAUUUUAUACUAACAAUAUAUAUUACUGUAAUUUACUAGGAAAAAUAAAUUGGAUGAUAUAUUUUCUAAGAUACUUUA